AUGCUGCUGCUCCUCUACAUGAUGCUAGGCCUGGGGUCGUACCUCUCGCCGCACCGCGUCAACGGCCAAAGCUACAAGGAGUUCCGGUCGCGCUGUAGUUUUGACGCCGACAUAUCAUACUGGCCAGAUUGGGUGUCGUCGCUCCCAGACGUCAUGAACAUCUCCAGCUUGAGCAUCCCCGGAACACAUGACACCAUGACCUACACCAUUUCCAAUUCUACGCUGCAAUGCCAAAACUGGGACCUCAAGACGCAAAUAUACGCCGGAAUUCGCUAUAUUGACAUCCGCGCUCGCGUCAAAGACAACAUACUGACCACCUUUCACGGCGACGAACCAACCGGCGUCACCUUCGAGCGCAUCCUCCUCACCAUCUACGACUGGCUCGAUACCUAUCCUCGGGAGUGGAUCAUCAUGCGCCUCAAGGAAGAAGGCGCGCCCCUUGGCAACAAUAACAUGACCUUCCAGGAGGUCUUUGAGGAUACCUUCAACAACUACUACUUCAUCAAGGAGCGCGCCAAGAAGCACUGGUUUGCAUACAACACCUCCAUGCCGAUUCCCUCGGUCGCCCAACUGCGCGGCAAGAUCUUGUUCCUACAGGAGUUCCCGUCAACCCCGCCCUGGAAGUACGGCAUCGAGUGGAACGGACCCCAGAUGAUCCUGCAGGACGAAUGGAUCGUCAAGGACGUCAACCAUCUGGAUGACAAGUGGAAGGCUAUUGAGGAGCAUUUCGAAAUUACCAAUUUCAGGCCAAACGACAAUAGCUACCUAUACGUGUCGCACCUUUCUGCGUCUGUGGGCGUCCUGCCCGUUGAAGCGGCUGCAGGACCCCUCGAACGUUCCAUCGUGGGCAUGAAUGACAGGUCCUGCGACUACAUUGAAUGGCACUACCCCGAGCCGGACGCCUUGAGGCUCGGUACGGUCAUCUCAGACUUCCCGGGCAAGGUUCUCAUUUUCGAUAUCAUCAGGUAUAGUAGACGGUCGUAUAACGACUAG